AUGGAUAGCUGGCGGGCGUAUGAGGCCCAGGGUGGUGGAUUAGACAUGGAAAGUGGCGAGGGUGCGUCGUCGUCGGGAGCAGGUGGCGGGGGAUCUUCAGGAGGUGCAGUAGCUAGCGGGAUUCCCGGACUUAGCUUCGACGCUUUCACCCCGUAUUUUCAAAACGCAUCGGACUCCGUCAAUGCCACAUGGUCUAGUGUGUCAAAGAACGUGCAGGAGUUGCCGGGAAGCAUCCAGAAACAGGCGAACGUGCUGCCGUCGCGGAAAGCUCUGAUGUACUUCAUGCUGGUGAUAGCGACGGGCGUGUUCUUCCUCUUCCUCGCCUUCUCCAUGUUUCUCCCGGUCAUUGUGCUCGCGCCUCAGAAAUUCGCUGUCUGCUUCACCAUGGGCUGCCUGCUCGUGGUGGGCUCCUUCUUUGUGCUCAAAGGACCCAUGGUGCAGCUCCAGAGCAUGACCUCCGCUGAGUCGUUCCUCGUCAGCACCACUCUCAAGAAUGGCGCCGAUUCGUUUCACUCACAAGCCACCAGCCGACCAGCGUCACAUAGCCGUCGCAGCUCGCCGCGUCUGGCGGUGAGAGCGGCGGCGAAGACGGCGGAUGAUCCGGCGGCGAAGGCGCUUCAGGCGAAGUCGUUAGGCGAGCUGCGGGCGAUGGCGAGGGAGAAAGGGUUGCGCGGAGAUACCAAGGCAGAGCUUGUCAAGUUACUCCUGCAGACCCAGCCGUCCUCGUCAUCCCCCGUGCACCCGUCCGCAGUGAUCCCUCCCCCUGAAUCGACGCGCAGACCCACCACUACAGCCCCCACCGCCGCCAGCAGCACUGCCAGCGGGGCUUCCGGCGGCAAGGGCGGCAAGGGCGGCAAGGCGGAGGCGGCGAAGGCGCUGGAGGCGAUGAGCACGGCGCAGCUGCGGGCCAUGGCGCGGGAGAAGGGGCUCCGGGGCGACACGCGCGCCGAGCUGAUUAAUCUCCUCGUAGCCGCCCUCCCCGAGUCCGCCAAGCCCACCUCAAACGCCUCGGUCAUGCCGCGGCCUCUCCCCCCAUCCGCCUCGCCUGCUGCUGCAGCAGCCGCCGCAGCAGCCUCUGGGGACGGCAACGGUGCGAGCAGCAGCAGCAGGGAGUCGGAAGUAGCAGAGGCGGAGGUGGUGCUGCCUCCCUUUGCCUCGGACAUCCCCCCUGGCGGCGUUUCCAUCAGCCAAGUGCAGCCCAAGGUGGGCAGUGGGGCGACGGCAAAGGAGGUGAAGGAGGCGGCAGCGGAGCUGAAGCAGGGGCAGUUCGUGCGCUCCGUGCUCAUAGGCGGUUUUGGCCUCGCCCUCGUGCCUCUCGUGCUGCCUCUCGCCCCCAUGAACAGACUCGUCCCAGGCUCGCCUGCUGAACAGCUGGCAGCGCAGCUAGGGGAGGAGGCGACAGUGCUGCUCAACUCACUGCUGGACACGCAAGCUGUCACAGUGAACCAGCUGCAGGCGCUCAUGCCUCUCAUCUCGCCAGACCUGGACCCCACCACACGGGCUGCCAGAGCUGCUUG